AUGAUUGGAGUCUUUUGUGUACUCAUGUGGUAUUUACUCUUGCUUUUAUAUUUGAAACAAAUCAAAGCAAUCUUUGGAACUUAUGAACCUAUAACUUACAAAGCAGCAUGUGCUUUAUGGGGAAGUUUUUUUAUUGCUACAGGAAUUGUGGUAAUGAAAGCAUCAAAUAAGCAAUCUCUAAGCUUGCUUUCUUUGUCUUUAUUCAUGAACUUAGUCUGCAUAGCUGCUUCAGUUGCUGCCCUAGUCCUCACAGUAGUGGAAUUGAAGGAUUUUCCCUCUGUAUCAUACAAAAAUUAUGGACAAGCGCCUGAAAUGUUUAUCAUUGAAAGUAUUACCGUCCUGGCCUCUUUGAAGGAGUAG